UAUGUGGUUCUCCCUUUUCCAGAUCUAGUCCAGAAGGCCAAAAGAGCAAAGAAGAAAUUCCUAAAACGAGAAGAUGGUCGAACAGAUUCUGGGUCUCAGGAACGAUACGAGUCAUUUAGUUAUGGUGGAGUAGAUCCAUACAUGUGGGAGCCCCAAGAACUAGGUGCUACGAGAAGCCAUCUUUCUGAUUUCAAGAAGCACAGAGCAGCCAGGAUUGAUCACUAUGUAGUUGAAGUCAAUAAGUUAAUAAUCAGGUUAGAAAAGCUUACAUCUUUUGACAGAGCAAACACAGAGUCAGCUAAAAUAAGAGCUAUAGAAAAGUCUGUUGUGCCUUGGGUCAGUGACCAGGACGUUCCGUUCUGCCCAGACUGUGGCAAUAAGUUCAGUAUUCGAAACAGACGCCACCACUGCCGCCUUUGUGGCUCUAUUAUGUGCAAGAAAUGCAUGGAACUGGUCAGUCUUCCUUUGGCAAAUAAACUCACCAGUGCCAGCAGAGAGGCCUUGGGUUCUCGUACUAGCCCAAACUCCUCACCUAAUAGUGUCCAUGGCUCCCGCCGUGGCAGCAUUAGCAGCAUAAGCAGUGUGAGCUCAGUUCUGGAUGAGAAAGAUGAUGACAGGAUCCGUUGUUGUCAGCACUGCAAAGACACUCUGCUGAAAAGAGAAGAACAGAUUGAUGAGAAAGAACAUACUCCAGAGAUUGUGAAACUCUAUGAGAAACUCCGACUGUGCAUGGAAAAGGUUGACCAGAAAGCACCUGGAUACAUAAGGAUGGCAGAAUCACUAAAUGCUGGAGAGAUAACCUAUAAUCUUGAACAUGCUAAUGACUUGAGGGUGGAGAUUCAAAAAAUGUACGAGUUGAUAGAUGCUUUAAGUAAGAAGAUUUUGAGUCUCGGUUUGCACGAAGAGCUCCAACCUCAUCCUAAAACACUGCAACUUCAAAGAAUGAUAAGAUACUCCGCAACACUUUUUGUUCAGGAAAAGCUCCUUGGUCUGAUGUCCCUGCCAACCAAAGACCAGUAUGAAGAGUUGAAGAAGAAAAGAUUGCAAAUGGUGGCUCUUGAAGCAUACAGAAAACAAGAAGAAAAGCAGAAAGAUUUGAUCUCCAGGUCUGCAGCCACAGUUAAUGGUGAGGCAACUCAUCUGAAAAAAGGAACAGUAAGGAAAUCCGAAGGCUGGUUACCCACAUCCAGCAUAUCGAGAGAGAGCGAGAGAGCAGACCCGCUUCUUCAGCAGAUUGACAAUAUCACAUCUUUUAUUAAGCAAGCAAAGGCAGCUAAUCGGAUAGAUGAGGUCCGUAUGUUGCAAGAGAACCUGAGACAACUUCAGGAUGAGUAUGAUCAGCAGCAAACUCAGAAAGCUAUUGAGCUUUCUAGAAAACAAGCGGAAGAGGAGGAGAUGCAGAGGGAGGAACUUCAGGUGCUUUGUGAAAAAGAAUGGGAAAGAGAACACCACAGAGUCAUGUCUCAGCAUACAAGGACACGCUCCUUAGACUUCAGAGAAGUCAGGCAGCAUCAGCGUGAAGUUGAAAAAGAGGAUCAGAACUUGAUAGCACAUGCCUUGGAUUUAGAUAUUACUCAGAUCAAAAGGAACCCAAAUUUUAAAACUCUUGUUGUUGAACAGCUGCCAGCUGAAGAGCACUUGAUUGUCCAGGUCAAACCCCAACAUGUCCCGCCAUGUGAUAGAGACAAAGACCAGAAUCAGACAGCAUCUCUAAACCCCUUUGAAGAUGACGCAAAUACUCCUCAGUUGAAGGAAGAGCCUGAUAACCUAUUUGUCAAAGGUGCUUCUCAAGCAGCUUCUUUUUCUAACACGACUUUACAGAGUGACAAAAAGGAAUAUAACCCAUUUGAAAAUGAGGAGGAGGAUGAAGAGCCUGGUGGAGCAACCAUCAGUACUUCAAAUCCCUUUGAAGAGGUUGAAAAUAUAUCUCAAAAGGCUCGGGACAAUCGGAAUUCUGGGAAUCCCUUUGAAGAGGGAUCCUCUACCAAUCCCUUUGAGGUGGACGAUGACAAUGAGCUCUUAGGAGAGGAGGUUAUUGAGGAAGAACUGCUUCUCCAACAGAUAGAUAAUAUUAAAGCUUAUAUAUUUGAUGCCAAACAUAGUGGACGAAUGGAUGAGGUGGAGGUACUGACAGAGAACUUGAAGGAAUUGAAGCGCACGUUAGCAAAGCAGAAGGAGAAAUCAAACUGCUGAAGCAGCAACAGGGUCAUGUAAUGAUUAUUUGAAGUUCACUGUGUAAGUAUGU